CCACUGCUGUUUUGGGAUCAAAGUUCAUGCAACUUGACUGAGCUAUUUCUCUACGAAUUUAAUAACUAGUUUUAAUAGUGAAAAGGUGAAAAAAUCAUCACCAUGCUGAGAUCUAGGCAACUACGAAGUCUUGCCUCAGCCAUGCAACAUUUAUCAACCAGAGGCCAACCUACUGUUUUACAAAACAAAAUAAGCAUCCCUCAAUCAUGUAAUGUACAGAAAAGAAUGAUUGCUGUACAACCAAACGAGCUUCGUAAGUCAUGGCCAGCACCUGCUUUCAAUCUUGACAAAAUGACUGAACUACUUGAUCAUGAUAACCACGAAAUGCGUAAACAAUUCCGCCAGUUUGUUAGUGAUCCCAUUAUGAUACCAAAGUACAACAUUUCCUUAGCCGAGGAGAGAGAAGUAGCUUUACAGAGACUUAAACGUAUAUGUGAUGGAGGUUUUUUAUCAGUACUUGAUUUCAAUGACAAUCCAUUACGAAUCUUUGCUGCCCAUGAGUUAGCAGCCAUCAUUGAUGCAGCUAUGGCAACUAAGAUGACAGUUCAGUUUAAUUUGUUUGGUGGUACAGUUCUAAAACUUGGUACAGAAAGACAUCACAAAAAACUGCUUAAAGGUAUUGACACACUAGAUGACAUUGGUUGUUUUGGUCUGACUGAACUUGGAUAUGGAAACAAUGCAGUUGAAAUGGAGACUACAGCUACUUAUGAUAAAGCCACGAAGGAACUGAUUGUUAACACACCAACAACUGUAGCACAGAAAUACUGGAUCACCAAUGGGGCUGUACAUGCUAAACAUAUCAUUGUGUUUGCUCAAUUGAUGAUGGACGGGGUUAACCAAGGUAUUCAUGGUGUAUUGGUGAGAAUCCGAGAUGAUGAUCUAAAAGUGAUGCCUGGAGUAAGAGUUGAGGACAUGGGAUAUAAAAUGGGAUUGAACGGUGUAGACAAUGCCAAACUAUUUUUUGACAAUGUACGUGUCCCAAAAGAGAAUCUUCUUAAUAAGUACUCAGAUAUUGAUGAUGAUGGUAACUUUUGUAGUAGCAUUAAGAGUGCUCGUGCUCGAUUCCUUACAGUGGCUGAUCAGCUAUUGUCCGGACGUAUUUGUAUUGCAAGUAUGUCCAUGGGAGUAGCCAAAGCUUCCAUGGCUAUCGCCUUAAGAUAUGCUGCCUCCAGGUUAACUGUGGGCAAGAAUGGUAAAUCUGAUACACCCAUUCUUCUAUAUCAACUUCAGCAACGUGCUUUGCUCCCAUUGUUGGCUCGUACUUACGCUAUGAACUUUGGUCUAGACUAUGUGAAAGAUCGCUGGGCUUUCCAGAAAGAAGAUGGGUCUGAACAUGCUGAAGCAGUUACAAUGUGUUGUGUGAUUAAACCUCUAGCUUCAUGGCAUGUUGAGGAGUGUGCAUCUACAGCCCGAGAGAGAUGUGGUGGUCAGGGUUACCUGUCCUGUAAUCGCUUUGGUCCAUUCAUUGGUCUAGCUCAUGCAGCCAUGACAGCUGAGGGAGACAACAGUGUGCUCAUGCAAAAGGUGGCUAAAGAGAGACUUGGUGUGUUCAGGCCACACAAAGUGGAUAAAAGUCAAUCAGAAGAUUUAUCGAGCACCAGCUACUUACACCAACUUCUUCUUAAACGUGAAAACUUGUUGUUUAUCAGCCUUGGGAAGAAAAUGCAAGCUGCAGGAAAAGAGAAACUGUUUGACACAUGGAUGUAUCAAGAAAGCGACCUUGUUCAAGCAGCUGCUAAAAGCUUUGGUGAGAGGUUAAUCAGCGAGAGAUUUGCAGCAGUAAUUGAGCAGGCAGACUCUUCGUUAAAACCUAUUUUAAGCUCAUUGUAUGAUUUAUAUCUAGUAGAUGUAGUUGAAAAAGACCUGUCAUGGUUUGUUAUAUCUAAGACAAUGUCAAUAGAAGCAGGCAGUAAAGUGAGUGAAAGAGCUGCAGACUUAUGUAGGCAGAUAUCCCCUCAGUCUUUAGCUCUCUGUCAGGCUUUCGAUAUCACAGAUACCAUGCUGUCAGCACCCAUUGCCUUAGACUGGGUAGAUUACAACGUGGGAGACAAUCAAGGGGAAGUUCAGUAGACUGUGUUACUUCAGUAGACUGCUAUACAUCUAUGUACUAAUGUACGAUUUAUUGUGAUUUCAAAGUUAUCAAUUGAUUGACCAUUGGUUAUUUAACAUGUUUAACAAACUCAAAUUAACAGCAUCCAAUUAAAAAAACAUAUAUUAGCCAGUAUUGCUUAGGGGUAGUUUGGGACAUUUGAAUGAAUAUUAACUGAAAUUGAAAGUCAAUAUACGAAAAAGGAAAGACUUUGACAUUAAGACUUCAAGAAAAUUUGCUACAAGUUUUCAAAUUUAUGUAGAAAGAUUUUUCAAUAAUUUGAGAGAGUGUUUUGUGUUUAUUUUGAAUGAGAUUUAAAUGUAUGUAAAGAUCAGCAUUCAGGUUUGGCAUUCAUUCUAUUAGACUGGGUUGUACUGAUUCUUGGUCACUAAUUCUAUAAGACUGAGUUGUUCCAACUCUUGGAAUAUUUAUCAUUUGUGAUUAAGAUCAAGAAAUGGUUUUAAAAAUAAAUUUAUACUCUAGUG